CCCUGUUUUUUCCCCCUUCUCCAAUCGUCUGCCCCCACCUUGCUCUGCUCCGCUAGUCCGCUUUCGCUCCCUCCUCCCGCCGUUGCAAGCAUCAUCCACGCUCUGAUUCCUCGCUCCCCGAGCCCGCCUUUCGCCUCGCCGCCGAGCUAGGGUUUCCGGCUGGCCUCGGGUUCCUCCCGCGCGCACCCACCGUCCAGCCGCUGGGUGGGCACGUCGCUGUUAGCGGGCGCGCUAGCUAGCUCGUCCGCAGGUACAACCGGAGGGGAGGGGCGUCACUGCUCGUGGGCGCUCCUGGGAACCUGAGCAGGCGGGCAGGCAGGCGCGGUCGUUGCGCAGCGGGGAACGGCAGCCAUGUCGCAGACGAACUGGGAGGCGGAUAAGAUGUUGGAUGUCUACAUAUAUGACUAUUUUGUGAAGAGAAAUUUACAGGCAACUGCAAAGGCCUUCCAAGCGGAAGGGAAGGUCUCAUCGGAUCCAGUUGCAAUUGAUGCUCCUGGUGGUUUUCUCUUUGAGUGGUGGUCGGUAUUUUGGGAUAUAUUCAUAGCACGAACAAAUGAGAAGCACUCAGAUGUUGCGGCAUCAUAUAUCGAGACUCAGCUAGUUAAAGCAAGGGAACAGCAGCACCAACAACCUCAACAACAGCAACAGCAGCAGCAGCAGCAGCAAAUACAAAUGCAACAAAUGUUGUUACAGAGAGCUGCACAGCAGCAGCAGCGUAGAGAUGGUUCUCAUCUUCUCAAUGGUGCUGCAAGUGGAUUUUCUGGGAGGGAUCCUUUAAUGCGACAAAAUCCAGCUACUGCAUAUUCAAUGGCAGCAAAAAUGUAUGAAGAGAGAUUAAAACUCCCAUCCCAGAGAGAUUCUUUGGAUGAGGCAUCAAUGAAGUUGCAGCAAAGAUAUGGAGAAAAUGCUGGGCAAGUAAUUGAUCCAAACCAAGCAUCAUUACUCAAAGCAGCUGGACAAUCCUCAGGGCAAAUUUUGCAUGGGACUGCUGGUGGCCUGUCAGGCACUCCGCAACAAGUUCAGGCAAGAAGCCCACAACAGCCUAUCGCAGAACAGAAUAUCAAGACUGAGGUCAAUCCAGUAUUGACACCCAGAGCUGCAGGUACUGAGGGCUCAUUGAUUGGUCUUCAAGCAGGAUAUAAUCAGGCUGGAAACAAUUUAACUCUGAAAGGUUGGCCACUCACGGGACUCGAUCAACUUCGCUCUGGAAUUCUGCAGCAGAAGCCGUUUAUGCAAUCUCCACAGCAAUUUCAGCAGCUUCAGUUUUUCACACCACAGCAGCAGCAGCAGCUUUUGCUGCACACGCAGCAAAAUAUGCCUUCCCCAAUAUCUAGUGAUGUUGAUAGCAGAAGAUUAAGGAUGCUUCUUAACAACAGAAAUGUGGUCCUUGGACAGGAUGUGCAUUCAAAUAGUGGUGGUGAUGGUAUUCCAAAUAUUGGUUCUCCUGGUCAAAGUGGUGGAUCACGUACUGACAUAGAUAUGCUAAUAAAGAAGAAACUUGCUUUUCUACAGCAGCAGCAGCAGUUGCAGCAGCACAGUCAUAGCCAGCAGCAGCAGCAGCAACUUCAGCAACCUGCACUCUCUGGUCAGCAGUCUCAAAGCUCAAACCAGCUUCUUCAUCAACAUGGAAAGCCAGGAGUUGGAAGGAUGGCUAUUGACGGAAGCAUGCCAAACUCUUUUGGAUUCCCUGACCAGGCAUCAAAGAAAAGAAAGAAACCUGUCUCAUCCUCUGGUAGAGCUAAUAGUUCAGGAACAGCAAACACUGCUGGGCCAUCUCCUAGCUCUGCACCUUCGACACCUUCCAUUCACACGGCAGGAGAUGCAAUGUCCAUGCCACAGCUGCAGUAUAAUGGUGGUCCAUCAAAACCAUUGAGGAUGUUUGGCUCUGAUGGCGCUGGAAGCUUGACUUCUCCAGCCAACCCACUGGGUGACAUGGACCGUUUGCUGGAAGAUGGUUCCUUGGAUGAAAAUGUAGAAUCUUUUUUGUCACAGGAUGACAUGGAUCCUCGAGAAACAAUGGGACGGUGCAUGAAUUCUAGUAAAGGAUUGGGUUUUACUGAGGUUGCAAAAGCCCGUGCGAGUAUAGGCAAAGUUGUCUGUUGCCAUUUCUCAUCAGAUGGGAAACUGCUUGCCACUGGAGGCCAUGAUAAAAAGGUUGUUUUAUGGUUUACAGAUGUGCUAAAAGUUAAAUCUACAUUAGAAGAGCACUCCUUGCUAAUUACAGAUGUUCGCUUUAGCCCUGGCAUGACCCGCCUUGCAACAUCUUCCUUUGACAAAACCGUGCGGGUUUGGGAUGUUGACAAUCCAAAUUAUUCGCUGCGUACUUUCACAGGUCAUUCAGCAUCUGUUAUGUCACUUGAUUUUCACCCAAAUAAAGAAGACAUCAUUUGCUCAUGUGAUAGUGAUGGGGAAGUACGGUGUUGGAGCAUAACUAAUGGUAGCUGUGUGAUCAGCGUUAGGGUCUUCAAUGGAGGUGCUACUCAGUUGAGGUUGCAACCUCGCCAUGGUAAAUAUCUAGCUGCUGCUUCAGAAAAGGCAAUAUCCAUACUGGACACAGAGACACUACAAGUUUGUAGAACACCUUUGCAGGGGCACAUAAAUAUUAUUCAGUCAGUUUGUUGGGAUGCCACGGGUAACUAUUUGGCCUCUGUCAGUGAAGAUUCUGUCAGGGUGUGGUCAUUUACCUUAGGUAAUGACGUGGAAUGUAUACAUGAGUUGAAUUGCAGCGGAAACAAGUUUCAUUCGUGUCUGUUCCACCCAAGCUAUCCAUCUUUGCUUGUUAUUGGUUGCUACGAGUCUUUGGAGCUCUGGGACAUACGGGAGAAGAAUACCAUGACCAUCAACAACGCUCAUGAAGGCUUGAUUGCCGCCCUGGCCGCAUCGAAUGCGUCGGGGUUGGUUGCCUCAGUGAGCCAUGAUAAGUUCGUCAAGCUCUGGAAAUGACGCCAAAAUAGCAACGGUUAACCGUUGUGCUCACCGGCGGUGUUAUAGUUAGAGUAGAAUGAUGUUGAAAGUAGGAACAGGAUGGUUCUCUGCUCUUAGUGCUCUAGACCACAAUACCACAGAGAGAAAGGGCAGCUAACCUGAUCUCCUGGACCAUUUGGUUGAACUAACCCCGGUUUGUAUGUUGUAGUCGCUUCAGUUGUUGCAUGUGCUCUUGGGUUAAUUCGCAACUCGCUGUGUACUUUGUGGUGGCCUGCGCAAACUAUCAAAGAUGUGUCAUGGACU